AGUAACUUGUACAUCAAUUUAACGCCUGUUCUUCCCGUUGUUUCCAGGUUGGUCGCCAGCAUCACCUCCUAUUGUGACCCGGACUACUAUGGACCCUCGUGUGAUGUCUACUGCAAAGCAAAGAGGGGCGACAAUUUCUAUUGUGACACAAAGACCGGGGAGAAGAAAUGUUAUGAAGGCUGGACGUCUGCAGAUUGCCUGGCCAGUGUGGAUGACUGUGUGUCCCAUAAAUGUGAGAACUAUGCCACCUGUGUGGACGAACACAAGGGCUACAUAUGUGUUUGUCCGAAAGGGUAUACAGGUCAGUUUUGUGAAACCGAAAUAUUAGAAUGCUUAUCUGACCCCUGUACCAACAAUGGGACAUGCAUUGAUGGCCGUGGAACAUUCCAUUGCAACUGUACGGAGGGGUGGACAGGAACCACCUGUGAGAGCAGCAUCGAUGACUGCCAGCCGCAUCCCUGUCAGAACAACGCCACCUGCAUUGAUCAACACAUGGGUUACCUCUGUGAAUGUAUGGAUGGCUGGGCGGGACAGGAUUGUGAGAUUGAUAUCAAUGAGUGCAGUAGCAAUCCAUGUGUUGGCACGGCCACAUGUGUCGACCAGCUGGCUUAUUUCAAAUGCAUCUGUGCGACCGGUUAUACAGGAGAAUUAUGCCAGGUACAGAUCAACGAAUGCCUUGACUCCUUCGACAACCCGUGCGAAUACAACUCCACAUGUCACGACACAGACGGCAGCUACACAUGUGAAUGCGCCGCCGGUUACACAGGCCAGAACUGCGAAACGAACAUCAACGAAUGUGCGACGGCUGUGUGUCGGAACGGGGCCAUCUGCCUGGAUUUCGUCAAUGACUUCAAGUGCGUCUGUGUCCACGGUUGGACGGGCCCGACUUGCAGCGAGCGAGACCUCUGCUUGGACAAUGAGUGCAGCGAAAAUUCCACCUGCAUAGAGCGGCACGAUCAAUACGAAUGUGUGUGCUCCAUCGGGUGGGGUGGCCCGUUGUGUGACAUGAAGAUGAUACCCUGUGUUCUGAACGCCUGCUCAAAUAACGGGACCUGUUACCAAGAAGACCCUCAACUAAACAGUCAGGGACAUUUCACAUGCAUUUGCCCUGAAGAUUGGACAGGGCCCACCUGUGAGAUACCGACGUUAUUGUACCUGCCAUCCACGCCACAACCUCCAGGUUCAAACUCAGCCGAGAUUUUCCUUAUUGGUGACAUAGAUGCUAUUGAUGUGUCCCUUGUGAAAAGGGAUCUGCAGGACCUAUUUUCUCAUCAGGUUGGCCUGAGCAAAGAACAUUUGGACAUAGAUAUUGGAUUGACCAAAAUGACUGCUGAAGACGACAUCAGUGUAGUACGUGUCCUAGCGACAGCAUCGACCAACAUUCCAGAGGGGGAGACGAAGCUGGACAAUCUGCAAGCAUCGUGGGAAGAGAUUCCUCCCUACGUUGUCGAGCGUGACAUGACUUACCCCGUGUACCGGGGCCACUUUGGAACAGGGGACAGGAACCCAGAAAACGCACCCACAGAG